AUGGCAGAGCCGGCAAAGCGACGCAGGCGACCCGCCGUGGCCUGCGUGCUUUGUCGCAAGCGAAAAAUCAAGUGCAACAGGAAUUUUCCAUGCAACAACUGCAUCCGCUCAAGAACAGGCGACUGCGUGUACGAGAGCCGGCCCGUCGACGCGCCUGAACCGGCACAUGCUACGCCCGCGACGGCAACCUUGACCACCGGAUCAUGGAAGCCCAUCCUCCCUAGCCCUCGUCAUGGCCAGGUUGGCACAGCCAGACCAAGUUCUGGAUCCCUCCAUGCAAGUCCCACAUCCACACAGUCGCCGACCGACGCCGGCCAUUCUCAUGAAGAUGAAGCAACGCGUCUCCGGCUUCGGAUCCGAGAGCUCGAGGACCAGCUAUCGAGGGUGAGCAUGGAGGGUAGCAGCGCUAGCCCCCUCACGACGGUGAGUUCGUCGAUUGAGACGAGCAGUUCGCAGCUGGGCGGCGUGUUUCACGUGCAGUGCGAAACGCCCAUGGGCAACGAAGGGCCGGUCAUUGCGCGCAGCAUGAUGCACAAGACGCGGUUGUUUGGUCAGACUCAUUGGUGCGUGACUGGGGUUCUUUUGAUACGCGACAUUUUCGAAACGAUAGACGAGCAGCUCCAAGAACGAGGCGCCGGGGCCUGGGCCGGCAUCGCGCGGUGCAAGGUGCUCGCUCGCUUCAUCAAGGCCAGGCGAUGCCCGCCGUGGCCCGUUGUCCGCACCUCGCCGCUGCCGGAAAAAGCGCUCGCCGACAAAUUAGUCGAAAACUACCUCGUCAACACCGAAUCCAUCUACCGCGUCCUGCACAUCCCCACCUUUCGAGAGCAGUACGCUGCUCUCUGGACAUCCGGCGCGGCGGCGGCGGCGGCGGACCCGGUCUUUGCCGUGCAAACCAAGCUCGUGCUGGCCCUCGGCGCCGUCACGAACGACUCGACCUUUUCCCUGCGGCCGCGGGCGCUGCAGUGGGUGUACGAGGCGCAGACGUGGCUCGCCGAGCCCAAGUUCAAGUCGCGCCUCGACGUGCCGACGAUGCAGGCCAGCAUCCUGCUGCUCUUCGCGCAGGAGCGCUUCGGCGUCACGGCCGACGCCAUGUGGACGGGCGUCGGCGCGCUGGUGCGCCGCGCCAUGUUCAUGGGCCUGCACCGGGACCCGGCGCGCCUGCCGGACCGCACCGUGCUCGCGUGCGAGAUGCACCGCCGUCUGUGGAACACCCUCUGCGAGCUGAGCCUGCAGUCGAGCCUCGGCUCCGGCGGGCCCGUGUUCCUCUCCCUGAGCGACUUUGACACGCGGCCGCCGGGCAACUUUGACGACGCCCAGCUCCUGGACCCCGCACCGGUGCCGCGCCCGCCGCACGAGUGCACGCAGAUGACCGUGGCGCUCGCGCUGCGGGAGACGUUCUCGCAGCGCCUCGACGCGCUGCGCUUCCUCAACGACGUCUCGUCCGGCGGCUCCUACGAGGAGACGCUCCGCCUGGACGCCGCGCUGCGCGCCAGCUACAAGGCGCUCGGCCGCCGCCUGCAGGCGUGCCGCGGACGUGGCGCCAAACCGGUGCUGACGAGUGUCGAGCUGCGCAUCCUCGACAUCAUCCUGUACCGCUACCUCACCGCCCUGCACGUGCCCUACUUUGUCGCGGCCAUGCAGGAGGCCAGGUACGCCUACUCGCGCGUCGUGACCGUCGACUGCUCCCUCAAAGUAUGGGCCUCCCUGGCCGGCACCACCGCCGCCGCGCCGCUGCAGGCGGCUCAGUCACCGCCGUUUGAGGCGGAAGAUGGCCUGCGGCGGCAGGUGACGCGCGGCAUGAGCUUCUUCAUGGUUGCCGCGAUGCAUUCCGCGCUGCUCAUUGUCAUGGAGCUGCGCGCGCAGCUCAAAGAAAGCGACGGGCUGGGGCCCAAGAUGCUCCGGCCGGACCUGGUGGCCGUGCUCGAGCAGUCGCAGGCGUGGUCCCUCGAGGUCAUCGCGGCCGGGCACACCAACAUCAAGGGGUACUUGCUGCUGCGGAUUAUCGCGGUGCACAUUGACGGCCUGUCGCGGAACCUGUCGCAGGAAUUGCAGGUCGAGAAUCUACUAGCGGCGGCGACAGAGGUGUCGGAAACGUGCGGCAGGCUGCUGACGGACAUGGCGGAGAAGCUCGCAGGGGGAGGGCAGCACGAUAGGGUGAUGGAGCCGGCCGUUGCGCCGAUGCCGACACCGCCGGGGACGAGCGGGGAGUGGGCAUUUACGGGCUUGGAUGAUUUACUGGCCUCGACAGAGGCAAAGACGGAAGGCUGGCCGGCGAAUUACGGCUACUCAAUGGACGAGUUUGAAUGGACCAUGUUUGACUGCUGA